GUGUGUGAUCUCAACAGCUUGAAACAGCAUAACAGUACAAUAUUUAUACCGUGCUAGGCUCAGUUGUGCCAACGGCAGACCCACCCUCUCACCACCACCACCACCAGGAUGUCGAGAGAUUCGAAUAUCGGCGCAUGGAUACAAUUUGCAAGGCUUACCGCGGCUGCGGGUGAAAUGGCCCCAUUUCCGUACAUCAAAGGUGUUGCAGGGUGUAUCGCGUCAAUUCUUGAGGUCAUUGAGUUAGCUGGAAAGAACAAUAAGGACCUCCAGGACUUGGCAGAGAACAUUGGAACGACAAUACGAAUCAUCAAGGAAACCGUUGAAGCGCAUGGUGAUACGAGCGCGAAACGUUUUCGCGAUGUAUGUGUAGAGUUUCAGACAUACCUAGAGGGUUUAAUUGCCGAACUAAACACCACUCGAUGCAAUUUGAAGUCCAAAAGCAUUACGCGGUUCCUGAAAAUGAAGAAGGUUUCCGGUGUUAUCGACGGAUACAAGCAGCAAGUGAACAACAUCAAGAUGGAUUACCUUGUUCUUGUUACUACCGACUCAAGGCUUGCAAUGUCCUGACAUGCAGAGUGCACUGAGUGCCACUGUCACUCAAGCCACGGAGACAGCACAGUCAUGCAUCACCUCGAUUGUCAAGUCUCAGGCUCACUGUAUCCGAGGCGAGAUACGUUCCUUGGGUGAUUCCUUGGGUGAUAUCCAGAGGAAACAUGCGGCCCAAAUUUGUGAGAAGCUUCAGGAUCUGAAAAGAGAUCAUAAAGGACAGG